CGGCGCUGCUGGAAGGAGCUGCCGGCUCCCGCUGCGCGGGCCAGAGCGCGCAGCCCGGCACCAUGCCCCGUAUAGAUGCGGACCUCAAGCUGGACUUCAAGGAUGUCCUGCUCCGACCCAAACGAAGCAGCCUCAAGAGCCGAGCCGAGAAUGUAGAUCGAACUUGCUUCGCUGAAGUAGAGCCGAGCAUGACAAUGAAGGAAGUCGGGAAAGGGGAAGCCUUCUGGACACGGAACGCUGUGAAAAGGCUGAAAGAUCUGAAACGUUCUCUGCUGUUGUGACGUGUUGAUGGCAAAGUGAAGGUGGUCUCCCAUGAAAAAGAAUAGAAGGCGGCUCUAGCUCUGAAGGAUGCUGAUCAUUCUGAAGCAGCUGAGAAGGUUAAAAGGUGGAUCUUGAGCGAACCUUCACGUUUCGAAACUCGAAGCAGACCUACUCAGGGAUUCCCAUCAUCGUGGCCAACAUGGACACCGUGGGGACGUUUGAGAUGGCCGUGGUGAUGUCACAGCACUCCAUGUUUACCGCAGUUCAUAAGCAUUACACCCUGGAUGACUGGAAGCUCUUUGCCGCUGAUCACCCAGAAUGCCUGCAGCAUGUAGCCGUGAGUUCGGGCAGUGGGAAGAAUGAUCUGGAAAAGAUGAGCAGCAUCCUGGAAGCCGUGCCGCAGGUUAAGUUUAUCUGCCUGGAUGUGGCCAAUGGGUACUCAGAACAUUUCGUGGAAUUCGUGAAGCUCGUCCGUGCCAGAUUUCCAGAACACACCAUCAUGGCAGGGAACGUGGUGACGGGAGAGAUGGUGGAAGAGCUUAUUCUUUCCGGAGCAGAUAUCAUCAAAGUGGGAGUUGGACCAGGUUCCGUGUGCACCACCCGCACCAAGACGGGGGUGGGUUACCCCCAGCUGAGCGCCGUGAUCGAGUGCGCAGACUCGGCCCACGGUCUGAAGGGGCACAUCAUCUCCGACGGAGGCUGCACGUGUCCAGGAGAUGUCGCCAAAGCCUUUGGAGCCGGAGCAGAUUUUGUCAUGCUGGGAGGGAUGUUUUCGGGCCACACUGAGUGUGCUGGAGAGGUGAUCGAGAGGAACGGGCAGAAGCUCAAGCUCUUCUACGGGAUGAGCUCCGAGACAGCGAUGAAGAAACACGCGGGCGGGGUCGCAGAAUACAGAGCCUCUGAGGGCAAGACUGUGGAAGUGCCUUACAAAGGGGAUGUGGAGAACACUAUUCUGGAUAUUCUCGGGGGACUGAGGUCGACCUGCACCUACGUGGGGGCCGCCAAACUCAAAGAGCUCAGCAGGAGGGCGACGUUCAUCCGGGUGACCCAGCAGCACAACACCGUGUUCAGCUAACCUUGAGGAUGAGGUGACGUCUGGCUGGUGGAAGCUUCCACGCACGCCUGCUUUCCCAUCUCUCUCCUUCUGUUAUGGCAGAGUUUCCAGCUGCUCCAGGUGGUGGCAGGCUGCCUCCGCCUCCUCUCCCGCCACCCGGGGGCUGUGGGGCUCCCCCGGUGCCUUUCCGGGGCCGGGAAGCCGGGCACGCACUGGGGCAGCGGUCAGAGCUCAGCUGCCGGGAAGGCAUGCCUCACUGUUAAAACUAACACUCGCGCCUUUUUCUUUUCCUUUUUUCUCUUUUUCUUUUCUUUUUUUUUUUUAAGAAAAUGGUUUCACUUUAAUAUAAGGCUAUUAUCUUAAGACUUGCUUGAGUGCUGGAGUUUGCAUUUGCAGGAACCCAGUUGUAAGGGGGGCUGGGGGAGGCCACGGCAGAGUAACCGGUAUCCCCUCCCUCCAGAGUCUGGUUGCUGGAAAAGAACAAAAGCAAUUGACCGGACAAGUGAACUUGAAUUGUUUUUCUGAGGAUGCCCCCCAGGGUGUGGUGACAUGUGUCCAGCACCUGCCUUACACGUGUCUUUUGGGAACAGAUCCUCUGGCGCUGUGUUUGGGGCUGCUUCGAGGAAGCGGUCGUGGUCCUGGGUUUUCGUUUCGUGUGUUUUCCUCCAUCUCUUCCCUCUCCCUCCUCAGUCCCAGCUUGUCAGGCUGGCCUCUCUCCUAAAGAGAUGAUACAUUAUUUUGAAGUUCCAUGGGGUCUGUCACUGAACGACCCACCAAAAAGUUGGCAGGUGGAAUCCCACUGAAAAGCAGCCAGAAACCUGGACUUGUGACUUCCUAAAAGGCAUUAGUUUAAAAUCCGAGGCAGAGCCAUGCCCUUGUCACGGCUGUUAGUACUUUCCCAGGAGGGACCACUGGGCACUGCUGUCUGUCAAUCAGUUCCCUGACUGGUGACAAUGGUACUUUCUCGGAGAAAGGACCCGUGACUUGGUGGGAAUCCCACUGUGACCCUUGUUUAAACAGUAAACACAGGUGGGUUAAAUUUGAGUAACAGGACUGGGAAGUACAUGCCGGCCAGGGUGUUUUACUUCAUUUACUUCUAAAGGAGGCUAGAGAAGCAGAUAAACAGGCAUCAACUUUCUUUGAGAAGACAAGCGAUGGCCCUGGAGUGGUGAAGGGCCACGUGGUCCCACUGUGUGAUGCCAGAGUAACUGUCUCAUGUCCACGGUGACCUCCGCCGCACGAAGAAUCCAACCAAAGCGUCACACUCCAGGAACUGAACAGGUCCGCAUUUAGUCUAAGAGUACAUUCAAAGAUCCAGCAACUUGAACUCCAGUGUAACUUGAACUCCCCCAAAUCCAUUCAGAAUAAUUCUUGUAGAAACAUGAAUGUGGCUUCAUGUUUGAGAUGAGAGUCGAAUGGAUGUUGAGCGUUAAGCGCGAUGUUGCUGGAGGCACCCCACCUUUCCUGUUCGCUUGUCUGAGGUAUGAGCCCCCUGCUGUCCCUGUGGGAGAUGUGUUUUAUACUCGAGCCCUUGAGUUUGUUUUAAAGAGAUUCUUCAUUGCAAAAUAAGGGAGAGGAGUGAAGGAGAGGAAAUCCUUUCCAAUGGGCCAGCAGCAAGUAGUAAGGAAACUCCUAGAACAGCGUCCUCCAUACUCCUGUCUCAGCUUGGGGUCACCAGUGUCCUGUCCUGGCAUCAGGCCCUGUUCUGCACCCCGGUGAGCAGUCCUCUCCACGGUGGCCUAGGCCUGCUUGUCCAUCUGGUGCAGAGACAGCAGACGAUGUGCUCUUGGAGUAAGGCAGGUCCCUCUCUCAUCCAGUUUUUACGGAAGUGAAAACAUUAGUUUUUGGCUUUUGCAAUAACUUGUCAGGAUCAUUUUGAAGCAGAGGUUUCCACCUCUAAGGCUCGUCACCUUUGCAAGUUCCAUCUGUGCCUCCAGGAGCAGUGGAUGUGGCGGGCCGGUGCCGGAGUGGCCCUCAGAUCUGCCGACUUCAGGGCGUCCUGUGCAGGGUGGGUGCGGGUAGAGAGGAGAGCCAGUGGCUGGAUGCCACUCACCUCGGGCUGCCCUGCCGUGGGCUUCUGCUGCAGAGUGUGAAGCAAAGGCUUGUCUCUGACCAGUCUGACUGGUUCAGGCAGGUUGUACAGCUACCGGACCCCAAACUUGUCAGGACCAUUAGCAUCUAAUAUUAAAACAGCAGGGAAGCCAGCGAUUCAGACUGCUUCACCAGACGUGCCCACAUCUGCCCAGACGGCUCUGGAGGACAAGGAGGGCUAGGGCAGCCGUCUCAUCCGGGCUGUGAGGCUCAGCUCAUCACUGCUGGUUUACGCACUAGCAUUCUCUCACACGCUAGCAGUCACAGGGCAUCAGGAUCUCAACUCGUAAGCCCUAAGUGGAGCAUCUUGUGAGAUGUCCCCAAACAUACACCUAACCAAGAAGACAGUAAGGGGUUACCCAUCUGUCCCUGGGCUAAGUGAAAACUGCAUUUAAUGCUGAGCGUUCUUGUCCACCUCUGCAAACCUUAACGCUAGAAACCUUAAUGCAAACCCAUGCAUGCAGAUGGGAGCAGAGGUGUUCACCUGCUUGGGUCCUGGAGGCAUUACUUCCUGGGACAACUGCAACGUCUAAGAGCAGGCAGAGUGCAAACCUCUGAGUUUUAAACUGGCACAAAUUUACAGAAAGCACGAAUGAACUCUCCACCUUCAGACCACUAACCUGGGUAUAGCCAGACUGUACAGAAAUGUACUGAUAAUGCUACCUGAGUCCACGAAGCUGCCAGUACUGUUGAGGAACAAAAUCAUCUCUUGGAAACAGCCGUGCUGAGCUAGGAGAAAUAAACAGGAACAGAACAAGCCAAGACAUCAGACGGUGAAACACGCCCUUUAUCAGAGUCUCAAGCAGGACUAACCCUCCCAUCCCCUCAAAUCAGUAGGAGAGGCACCCACCCCCACCACAACCUACCCAGUGAUCACAGCCGACUACGUAAGGAGGAGGAAUUACCACCCUGUCUUCAGGCUCAUCCUUCUCCCAGGACCUGACGCAAGGCGAGGACACGUUUGCAGUUGGCACUGUUAUUUUAUUAGUACGAGUAUACUGAAACAAUAAACUUGUACUGGUAUACAGACAAUUUAUUUAAAACAAUUUUGUUCAAAUUUUGAAUCAAACAUUGUUUUAUUAUAAUAAUGAAAUAAUUUCUACCUAGAAAACCUGCAAGCACCAUCAAAGAAAGGGACCAUAAAAUUCAAUAAACAGACUCGAGUGUAUCCUACAAAUAGACACACCACGAUUAGAAAAUAGAAUAUGAAUUCUUCCAUUUUUUUAAUAUUUGUUUUAAAAAAGCUAGUGCAAGUACAAUAUUUUACACUGGAAUUACAGAGAAUAUGCACGCAUAUGGAAAAAAGUUCUCCUGUCACAAUAAAAGCUCUUAACUAUGUAUGCACUUAAAAUUUUCUUUUCAAUAAGGUGCAAAACAUCAUUCCUUCCCUAGUUCUCCUCUGUACUGGCCAUGUCAGUCUGAUAGUGCCCUCAAAGUUCUGGUGUCUCUUUUCCCUUGGCCGGUGGGAGGCCUACAAUUGGAAGUUUGGUGGGUAAUGAUCUGAUACUUAAAACACAAGGGUGCCAAUCUCAGAGAUGGCUCUGGGACCAGGACCCCAUGGGCUAGAAAUUUGGAUUCUGUCUUAAGGACCACCAUGAAUACUGGCAGGGCGCUACUGAAACCUUUCAGCUGACACUAAUUUGGGUUUACAGGGAGCAGUGAAGGUUGAGGAGGGAGAAACCUCCCCCCAAGGCCAAAAGGGCAGUAUUCACAGAACCAAAUGCACAGGUAUCAAGUUUAAGGUUCACUGAUGAAAGAAGUCACCCCACUCCUGGACCAGAUCAUUUAAGAGUAAGUGGUUCGUGUACGAACCAGAGGAAACCUACAUACCCAGCUUGGUAACCGCUCAGACUUGUGAUUCCGGAGGACAGUAUGUUACCUCGGCAAGGAUUACUGUAAACAGCGCUUCCAAAGGGGGCCUUCAGACUGGCCAUGGAAAAGGAGACAGGCUCAUCGGCCAUCCAGACAGCAAACGAACAAACUAAAGGGAAAGAAAACUUGAGUGAAGUCUCCAAUGAUCUGCAGUGGAAGACUGGAGUCCUUUCAGAUAAGAAAAGUUAUGGAAAUUCUUCGAGAUUGUUACUGUAGAGAUACUACCUGUUGGCCAAAUGCACUUAAUUUUAAUACAGCUGAACCAUUUGUACACAAAUCAUGAGGCUAUGAAAACCUGAAGCCGCUGUUCCCUCCCGCCCGCCACAGUUACAGGUGAAGUCAGCUACCAGAAACAUUGCAUUUAACGGUAAAAGAGGGGCUGAGAUUCUGAAUUUAAGAAUUGGUGGGGGAUUUGCUCAAUAUCCCCACAGCUGUCCAGUGUUUGCUGGCUGGCUUGAUUUUUUUUUUUUUUUUUUGGACAGUAUAGGACUCUUCUGAGAAGUUGCUCCACAUUUAUUUUGGCCUCUUAAAGAAAAAAAAAAUCCAAAUAAAACCAAAGUAAAACAAGGCA